AUGCAAACUAUUCGGAUCGACGCGGAGGAUCAUCGUCCAGCAACGCGCGAUCUCACCGCUGACACCCAAACGCCGAAGAACUUGCCGACUCCGAAACAAGUCAAGUUCGCUCCUUCUCAGACUGGGAAUGAAAAUGCAUCACUUUAUUUUGUAGGAACGGCCACCACUAUCAUAGAGUGGGCGGGCAUCCGAAUCAUGACAGAUCCUAAUUUUCUCCAUGCUGGCGAUCAUGUCCAUCUCGGGCCAGGGGUGUCCAGCCAGCGGCGAACAAAUCCAGCCGUUGGUCUCCACGACCUACCUCGCAUUGACUUGAUUUUGUUGUCUCACUAUCAUGAAGACCAUUUCGACCGGAAGGUGGAAGCUUCACUCCGGCGCGAUUUACCAAUUAUUACUACAUCCCAUGCUCAUUCUCAACUCACUAACAAAGGUACCGAUUCUUUCACGAAUAUAUCAGCACUAGAUGCUUUCCAGUCAAUCAUGGUAGACAUUGGGGCCCAUGUUAUACCGGGACGUUGUCAGCUUCGCAUAACGGCUAUGCCAGGGAAGCAUAUACCAGAUAAUUCAGUGGUGGAGAGUUUGAACUCAAUAGUUCAUGCUAUUCCUCCGAUAAAUGGCUGGAUGCUUGAACUCGGUAGAGAUGAUGGACCUGCUAGCCAUGACUUCGUCUGCGGGUUUAGGGUUUACAUAACGGGCGAUACUCUUAUGGUCGACGAACUAAAGAGAAUACCAGAGUUAUACCGAGACAAGCGUAUCGAUCUGAUGCUAGCCCAUCUGGGUGGUACAAUGAUUCCAUCACCGACCCUGGCUCCGCUCGCGCUGAUGGUCACAAUGGACGCGAAACAAGGGGUGGAGCUGAUCAGGCUGAUACAGCCAGAUCUGACAGUUCCAAUUCAUUACGAUGAUUACUAUGUGUUUGCAAGCUCACUGGAAGAAUUUAGGACGGAGGUUGAGAGGGCUGGAUUGGAGGGUAAAGUUGUGUACCUGGAUCGGGGAGAAAAACUUCGAUUUACCGUCACGGGCGAAGCA